AGUGCUCAUUUUUUUUUCAAUCUCUCCACUCAAACGCCAUUAAUGGAGGAUCCAGUCUUCUUCCCAAUACUCCUUUCCAUCUUCACCAUCUUCUUCAUCGUCGGAGUUCAUGCCCAGCAGCCAUACAUUGGAGUGAAGACAACCCUCUGCAAUUUCACAGAUCCCACUUCCCCUGCUUUUGGUUAUUCCUGCAAUGGCGUAAACACAACCUGUCAAUCCUAUCUCACCUUUAGAUCUCAACCUCCAUUCAACUCUGUUUCUUCAAUAUCCACCCUUCUUUCUUCAAACCCAUCUGAUCUAGCCAAUCUCAACUCCGUCACAAUCAAUUCAACCUUCGAAACAAACACCCUAGUCCUGAUUCCCGUCACAUGUUCUUGUUCAGGUCAGUAUUAUCAAUUCAACACAACAUACAUUAUUCAACAAGAAAACAUGGGUUUUUUUACCAUAGCAAAUAACACUUUCCAAGGUCUCUCUGUCUGCGACGCAAUCUCAGCUCAAAAUCCAGUUUUAUCAGCUGGGAGUUUAGCAGUUGGUAAUCGAGUUAGGGUUCCCCUUAGAUGUGCUUGUCCAACCAAGAAUCAAACUGAUUCGGGUUUCAAUUAUUUGUUGAGUUAUUUGGUCACAUCUGGAGAUUUCAUCUUUAAAAUUAGUUCCAUGUUUGGAGUGACUUCUGAAUCUAUUUUCCAAGCAAAUGGACUUUCUCUUAGUAAUUCAGACAUUUUCCCCUUCACUACUCUUCUUGUCCCUCUUCAAGACCCACCAAUAAUUUCUUCAAUAAUAUCUCCUCCACCGCCGCCGGCGACUCCUCCACCCCCUUUUACCGGCAUCUCCACAACAAACAGUCCAAAUAACAACAACAACCAUACAUGGGUAUACGCUGUUGUUGGAUCUGUCGGAGGAAUUUUGCUUAUAUUGGGUUCAAUCUGGUUAUUCAUCUUCAUCAAUAAGAAGAAAACAAAGAAGAAAAUGAAUGAUCCUUUCAGCACCAUCACCACGUCGGAGAGUUUUGAAGCGGUUGAGAAAUCCGACAGUGUUCUCUUAGAGGGUAUAUCGACAAUAGCCCAAUCAUUAAACGUGUAUUCUUUUGAUGAACUGAAAACCGCAACUUCCAAUUUCAGUCCUACCUGUUUAAUCAAAGGGUCUGUUUAUCGCGGAAGAAUAAACGGCGAUCUUGCUGCGAUCAAGAGAAUGGAUGGAGAUGUUUCCAAGGAAAUAGAAUUAAUGAACAAGAUCAGCCAUUUCAAUCUCCUACGUUUAUCCGGCGUUUGUUUCAACGGCGAGAAUUGGUAUUUGGUUCAUGAAUACGCUUCCAAUGGAUCUCUAAGCGAUUGGAUUUACAAUACUAGCGAUGGUGAAAACGCUCUGAAUUGGAUACAGAGGAUUCAAAUUGCGUUUGACGUUGCUUCAGGGCUUAAUUACAUUCAUAAUUACACAUCUCCAUCGUGUAUCCAUGGCGAUGUUAAAAGCAGCAACAUUUUACUUGAUGGGGAGUUUAGAGGCAAGAUCGCGAAUUUCACACUUUCGCGAUCUGCAUUGGGAGAAGAUGGUUCUUUUAAGUUGACUAAACAUAUAGUUGGAACACAAGGAUAUAUGGCUCCUGAAUAUUUAGAGAACGGUUUGAUAUCCACUAAGAUUGAUGUUUAUGCGUUUGGGAUUCUGUUGAUGGAGAUUGUUUCAGGGAAUGAGGCUGGUGGUUUGUCUGAUGUUGUUGAUUCUGUUAUUGAUGAUGAAAAUGGAUUGAAGGCGAUUAUGGAUCCUCGUUUGGAAGGGAAGUAUCCCGAGGAUUUGGCGAUUAUGGUUAUGAGAAUCGCGAAUGGUUGUGUAAAGAGAGAGCCAUCGCGUCGCAUGGGAAUGGAUGAGGUGGUGCAAUCUUUGUCUAGGAUUAUGAACGGUUCUUUGGCUUGGGAGUCAUCGCGUUCUUGAAAAUAAAGAUUUGUAUUUGUAUAGAGAAUAAUGUUUGUAUUGAAAUAACUUACUCAAUAAUUUUGUUGGGUGUCACUCAGUUUUUGUUUUUAAUUUUCAUUAGUGGGUUAUAUUUGUAUAGUUGUAUUUAAGGAAUAAUAUUUGUAUUCAAUUUUGAA